UCGACCUGCUGGGCCUGUUAAACUGGCGAUCGAGUCCCCAGAGUGUCAAGGGAAGCCUCAAGCGGCUAAUGAAGGUGGACGGCGGCGAGAUUGUGAAGUUUCUGCAGGACACUCUCGACGCCCUUUUCCAAAUUAUGAUGGAGGUUUCUGGUGAGGACACUUAUGACUUUCUGGUCUUCGACGCUCUGGUCUUCAUCAUCUCCCUGAUCGGAGAUAUCAAGUUCCAGCAUUUUAAUCCCGUCUUGGAAACAUACAUCACAAACCACUUCAGUGCGACACUGGCUUACACAAAACUGGCCAAAGUGCUGAACUAUUAUGUGGCAAAUGCGGAGAAUGCGCAGGAAACGGACCACCUUUUUGCUGCUUUGAAGGUGCUGAAGUACGUUUUCCGCUUCAUCAUCCAGUCCCGGGAACUGUAUUUGCGGUAA